CCAAUUGACAGGCUGUCCUCACGGCACCAAGCCCUGGGUUAUAUGGCUUCGACAGCCUUCUACCGUCUAGCAAUAAGCGCGUAAAAGAGACCUGUCUCCAGCCAUCUCAUCCCUCCUUGCCUUCCUGCUUCCUCGUCACCUCGCGCAUCGACAGCGACCAUGGUAGCCAAUUCGACGAGCUACAAGCAGUUGAAGGAGGACUUUGUGUCCAACCUGGCUGGCGGCUCUGUUUCCGAAAUCAACCUUGUGACCACCGUCGCUCCAAUCGCGUUACUUCUCUGGUCUGUAUUACAGGCUCGCCAGUCCUUUUUCAGGACCGCAAACCCUAUUUCCCUGCUGGUCGAUUUCCUGCUCACCGUCGGAGCGCCUCUGCUCGCCAUAACCCUAUGGUCGUCGACGCCGCUGCUUCUUCUCGGCCUGAUCGUCUCGCCUGCCAUCUUCGUAUAUGUACUUCCUCAACACACUCCCAAGAUGAAGAAGCCGAAGCUCCCGCCGAGCGCAAAGACCAACAAUGGUGCGGGCAAAGCAGGAGGUGCGCUUGGCGUCUUGUCGCUGAAGCCCUUCUUGACGCAGUAUCGGGGUUCAAUGCUGGUACUUACGUGCCUCGCUAUCCUCGCUGUCGACUUUCGCAUCUUUCCACGCCGAUUUGCCAAGGUCGAAACAUGGGGGACUUCUCUUAUGGACCUUGGUGUGGGAAGCUUCGUCUUCAGCGCUGGCGUAGUGGCAGCUCGUCCCGUCUUGAAAGAACGGGCCGAGGGAAAGGCUACGCCUUUAUACCAGAGGUUGCUCUACUCCAUGCGGCACUCUUUCCCACUUCUUGUGCUAGGGUUCAUCAGGUUUCUGACCGUCAAAGGCCUUGACUACGCGGAGCAUGUCACGGAAUAUGGAGUCCACUGGAAUUUCUUCUUCACGCUCGGCUUCCUGCCUCCCUUCGUUGCUGUUUUCCAGAGCAUCUUAAAGGUUGUGCCCAGCUAUGCUGCGCUUUCUGUCAUCCUCGCUGUGCUAUAUCAAGUCGUACUUGAGAGCACCAACUUGAAAGCCUAUAUCCUCUUGGCUCCACGGAUCGAUAUCGUCUCUAUGAAUAGAGAAGGAAUCUGCAGCUUCAUCGGAUACCUGUCCAUCUUUCUCGCCGGACAGGAUGCGGGGAUGUAUGUCUUGCCCCGUCGUGUCAAUCCAAACAACACGUCGACUCCUGGGACCCAGCGUAACACUUUACUCCUUUUGAUGGCCUUCUGGUCCGCAGUCUGGAGUGCGGCGUACUACUUUAGCACGAACCCAAUACGUGGUGCCGGGCUUGAUGUGUCGCGACGCCUUGCAAAUCUCCCUUACGUCUUGUGGGUUGUCGCUUUCAACAAUGCGCAAAUAUUUCUAUUCUGCCUCAUUGACACCGUCUUCUUCCCGGCUUUCUAUAACGCGCAAGAUGCAAAGACUGAAAAGGAUGCAUAUGAGACAGCCACAAGCAGGGUGCUGAGAAGUUUCAACAGAAAUGGUCUGGCGGUAUUCCUGGUUGCAAACUUGCUGACAGGCUUGGUGAACAUGACAGUGCCUACCCUGGAUGUUGGGCCAAUACCGACAAUGGGUAUUUUGAUUGGAUAUGCUGCCGCAGUGACAGGAGUUGCUGUCGGUCUGGAUGCGUGGGAUAUAUCAAUCAAACUUUAGCCAGAAGAUCCA